GUUUUAUAUUUAACUCGCUCCAGUGCAGGAGGGGCAGGGGUGGGGAUGCGUCGUUUAAAAGGGGAGCUGUGACAGCCCUCUUCCUCCCACUCAGCUCUUCUCCUGGAGUCCUCAGCCCACCCCGCUGGCUCCUCAUUCGCCCUGGAGGCACUGGUGGGAACGCAGGGGAGAGAAGGCACGAACUAGAGACGCUAGGGAGAGGUGUGGGGAAAACGAAAACAGGCUGCCAAAUCCGGGGAUUCCUUCCAAUUUAAAAAGGAAGUCUGUUGACGCUGGGUAGUUAAAUUUAACAUCCUUUUAUGUGCAACAUUAGACUUGGGAAACAAACAUGAACUUUGCAGAGGGAGAGGGCUCCAAGAGAUACUGCAUCAAGACCAAGCAUGUGGCCAUUAUCUGUGCGGUGGUGGUGGGCGUGGGAUUAAUAGUAGGACUUUCUGUGGGCUUGACCAGAUCGUGUGACUCCACCGGGGACGCCGGGCAGGGCACAGCCUCGACGCCUUCCACGCUCUCUUCCACCCCCAGCCCUUCGGAUCUGCCUCCCCAGGACCCGGGCAUCUGCCCUGCCAGUGAGGAUGAAAGUGGCCAGUGGACAAACUUCCGGCUGCCGGACUUCAUCAACCCGGUGCACUACGAUCUGCACGUGAAGCCCCUAAUGGAGGAGGACACGUACACCGGCAGAGUGAGCAUCUCCAUCAAUGUGAGCGCGCCCACCCGGCACCUGUGGCUACACCUGCGCGAGACCAGGCUCACCAAGCAGCCGGAGCUCACCAGGUCCUCCGGGGAGCAGGUGCCGGUCGUCAGGUGCUUCGAGUACAAAAAGCAGGAGUAUGUGGUGGUCGAGGCCGGAGAAGAACUUACUCCCAGUACUAGUGCCGGUUUCUACCUGCUGACCAUGGAGUUUGCCGGCUGGCUGAACGGCUCCCUCGUGGGCUUCUACAGAACCACGUACACGGAGAACGGACAAGUCAAGAGCAUAGCGGCCACUGAUCAUGAACCAACAGAUGCCAGGAAAUCAUUCCCUUGUUUUGAUGAGCCCAACAAAAAGGCAACUUUUACAAUAUCUAUCACCCACACCAAAGAAUAUGAAGCAAUCUCAAAUAUGCCAGUGGUGAAAAAUGUGUCAUUGGAUGAUAAAUGGACUCAAACACUUUUCGAGAGGUCUGUUCCCAUGAGCACUUACCUAGUGUGCUUUGCUGUCCAUCAAUUUCAUGCUGUAAGAAGAACAUCAAACAGUGGAAAACCCCUCACAAUUUAUGUCCAGCCACAGCAAAGGCACACAGCUGAAUAUGCUGCAGACAUAACUAAAAGUGUGUUUGAUUAUUUUGAAGAAUACUUUGCUAUGAAUUAUUCUCUUCCUAAAUUAGAUAAAAUCGCUAUUCCAGAUUUUGGCACGGGUGCUAUGGAGAACUGGGGACUCAUCACUUACAGAGAAACCAACCUGCUGUAUGACCCCAAUGAAUCAGCCUCAUCAAACCAACAGAGAGUGGCCACUGUGGUUGCUCAUGAACUUGUGCAUCAGUGGUUUGGAAAUAUCGUGACCAUGGACUGGUGGGAAGACUUGUGGCUAAAUGAAGGAUUUGCUUCUUUUUUUGAGUUCCUGGGAGUAAACCAUGCAGAAAAAGACUGGCAAAUGCGUGACCAGAUGUUGCUUGAAGAUGUGUUACCUGUUCAAGAGGAUGAUUCUUUGAUGUCUUCCCAUCCCAUUGUUGUCACUGUAACAACGCCUGCUGAAAUAACAUCUGUUUUUGAUGGAAUAUCCUAUAGCAAGGGAGCUUCCAUUCUGAGAAUGCUUGAAGACUGGCUGACACCAGAGAAAUUUCAAAAAGGAUGUCAGAUUUACUUGACAAAAUAUCAAUUCCAGAAUGCAAAAACUUCAGAUUUCUGGGGAGCACUGGAAGAGGCAAGUAAUCUACCAGUGAGAGAAGUAAUGGACACCUGGACCAGACAGAUGGGUUAUCCUGUGCUUAAUGUGAAUGACACAAGAAACAUCACACAGAAACGCUUUCUGUUGGACUCAAGAGCUAAUCCUUCCCAGCCCCCUUCAGAUCUUGGUUACACAUGGAAUAUUCCAGUUAGAUGGACUGAAGAUGAUACAUCGAACAUUGUAUUAUACAAUAGGUCAGAAAAAGGAGGAAUCACUUUGAACUCUGCUAAUCCUAGUGGAAAUGCUUUUCUCAAAAUAAACCCAGAUCACAUUGGGUUUUAUCGUGUAAAUUAUGAAGUACCUACUUGGAACAUGAUAGCGUCAGUUCUUUUCUGGAACCACACGAGCUUCUCUUCUGCUGAUCGUGCAAGUCUUAUUGAUGAUGCUUUUGCCUUGGCAAGAGCUCAACUUCUAGAUUAUAAGGUGGCUCUGAACUUGACCAAGUAUCUCAAACUGGAAAAGGAGUUUUUACCAUGGCAGAGAGUCAUUUCAGCUAUAACCUACAUCAUUAGCAUGUUUGAAGAUGAUAAAGAGCUAUACCCAGUGAUUGAGGAGUACUUCCAAGGUCAAGUGAAGCCCAUUGCAGAUGCUCUAGGAUGGAGUGAUACUGGAAACCACCUCACAAAGUUACUCCGUGCCUCCGUGUUAGGGCUUGCAUGCAAGAUGGGAGACAGAGAGGCCUUGAACAAUGCUUCCUAUUUAUUUGAGACGUGGUUAAGUGGUACUGUAAGCCUUCCUGUGAAUCUUAGGCUUCUGGUGUAUCGGUAUGGGAUGCAGAACUCUGGCAAUGAGUCUUCAUGGAACUUUACUCUUGAACAAUACCAGAAUACGUCAUUAGCUCAAGAAAAAGAAAAACUGCUCUAUGGAUUAGCAUCAGUGAAAAAUGUCACUCUUUUGUCAAGGUAUUUGGAUUUGCUCAAGGAUACAAACCUUAUUAAAACUCAGGAUGUGUUUACAGUCAUCCGAUAUAUCUCAUAUAACAGCUAUGGGAAGAGCAUGGCCUGGAAUUGGAUACAACUCAAUUGGGACUAUCUAGUCAACAGAUAUACACUAAAUGACAGAAACCUUGGCCGGAUUGUCACAAUAGCAGAGCCAUUCAACACUGAAUUACAACUCUGGCAGAUGGAGAGCUUUUUUGCAAAAUAUCCAGAAGCUGGAGCAGGAGAACAGCCAAGGCAACAAGUGCUGGAAACAGUGAAAAACAAUAUUGAGUGGCUAAAACAAAAUAGAGACACUAUAAGAGAAUGGUUUUUAAAUUUAUCUAAAAAUGCUUAGUGUAUUCAAAUGUUAUAGUUUAAUUCUGUGAAUCUGUUUCCUCUACUAAGCAUUUGGUAGCCUAAUUUACAAGCACUAUAGAGAGAGACUUAUAAACAGAAACUACUUUUACUAAGUACAGUGUUUAUACAUCUUGCAAAGCUUUUAAAUUGUUCCUCUUUGUUUAUGAAGGAAGAUACUAAUAGAGUAUUUAAUAUACUCAGGGAUUUCAUCUAAGUGUACUUCAUAAGAGAUUCUUUACAAACUGAAGAUAAUUUAAUAGUCAUUUUAGUGUCUUUAAAUAUCAUUCUUUGUAUCUUAAAUCUGUGAAAAUAGAACAAUUUGGUCUCAGCUUUACAUUUUUAGUACCAAAGAAACACCACUUAAUCUUCUUUCUUGAUUGAUUUUUAAAGUUUAAAUACCAGUACUUGAGGGACCAAUAUUACCAUCUUAAUCUUUAUUUUAUUAUUCAGAAUUACACACACCUAAUAUCAUUUUAUUCACAUAUGUCUUACUACUUUAAAUCCUACCAAAGUAACCUAGGCUUAAGUUUUACUCAUGGAGUGCAUGAAUUAGCCAAAGAAAGGGCUGACUGUUACCUUUACUCUUAUAAAAAAGAGCACUCUCUUCUUCUCUAAAAAAUAAUUCUAAACAAUUACCUUGAAAAGAUAUUGUUUUCCAGUGUCACUUUACUCUUGAAUAAAAAUGACUGCAGCAUUCUUUAAAUAAUUUAACACAU